AUGAUUGACGCAUUCCUUAUCAUUGUGGUGUUGGUCCUCAUGGUGAUCCUGUGUGUUAUAAAUAUCUAUAUCCUAGCACAUUACAGCCACCCAUUGGAAUCUAAAUUUGGAGAGUCCUUGUUUGCCAAAAUAAUCAUUGUGGUGGCUCUCCUACUUCCAGAGGUGGAGAUCCUCAUGCUCCCUCUUGAUGUCAGCAAUCAACAAGAAGGCGGAAAUUUGGAUAUGAAAGGCUUCUGGUACACCAUGACAAUGACUUCGAUGAUAUUUGUCUUCCUAAUCUUGCCCAUUGCUUAUUUCUACUAUGAAACAGAGGGUGAAGAGUUGAAGUCUCGCAUUUGGUAUGCAGCAAAAAUGCAAUUUUUCUUUCUGCUAAUAUCAUCAAUUAUUGUAUUUGUCAGUUAUGCAGCUCUAGCUUAUGCGAAUAUUCCAUUAGAUGACAUUACUUGCACUUUACCAGCAGAUCCUACUACAACUUCUUGUGACGGAUCAACGGUGCUGCAAGACUUUGAUUCUACACAAUUCAGCACAGACGAAGGUUGAUCUCGGACAGAUCAGUCUUUCAAGGUGAAAGUGUCAUUCGCAGUUUACUUUGUCGGAUUGAUGGCCUUCAUUGGCUCUUGGGUGCUAAUAAUUUUCCUCGGAGUUGGCCUCAGCGCGGUGCCUAUUGAUCUCAUCAUUGAGUUCAGAACAAGACCAAAGAGGAUCAGUGAGAACAAAUUUAAUAAUCGGAGGAAUCAACUUCUCAAGCAUGUUAAAGGGCUCCGCCAGGAAGGCAAGAGACUUGAAGGCAUCAAAGAAGUAGCAGAUAGGGGUAAAGGAUGGAAAGGAUUUAAAGAACGAAGGGUUUUCAAACGUGAUCUCACCAAAUUCGAAGCUAAAUGAUUAAUUGCUGAAAAGGAGUUCAUGAUACUCGAGAAAAUCUCUAAUCUCAAGAAAACAGAGCCUUGGCUAUACUAUCUUAAGCUCUUUGCUGGAUGCGUAUUAGUUAUUCUGAGCUUUGUUUGGUUCUUACAUAUCUUCUUAUGGGUUCUGAUCAAACCGAACGGAAAUCAGGUUCAUCCAUUUCUAAACAGUUUCUUGGAAGGACUUAGAUCUGGGCAUGUAGAGUUUCUAUCAACUGCUGUCUUUGCUGCUAUAGCUUUAUAUCUUCUUUGGUGAACCUUAAAGGGAAACAUUAAGUUUGGACUAAGGUUCUUCUGAUUUACUCUAUACCCAUUGAAGCCUAAUGAGACAUUCCUCAGUUCGUUAAUGUUCAAUGCCUGGAUGAUUAACGUAUGGGCGUUUGCUCUCCUGCAGUAUUUGACACUUAACUUCUCAAUGUUUGCCCGUAUGACAGAUGCUUACUUGAUUUUCAUUCUCCAAAUAGAAAACACUUGGUUCUUUAAAUGGUUCUACAAGAACGAAAUUUUCACCUGGAUCCUAAUCAUCUGGAUUGUUUUGGCAUUCUUCUAUCUGAUAUUCAAGCCAACAGAGAGGCUCUCGUUGGAAGACCAGGUGAGGAACAAAGAUUUGGAAGCAAAUAGGAAUUAA